CAUUCCUGAACCGUGUGGCACCAAUAUUGCUGCCAGGCUCUGUGCAGCAGAUGAGCUUUUGAGAGAGCUGCAGGGUGGAUGUGCCGAGUAGAAAGAGAUUGGCUAAUUCUUUUUUAAUUUCCAUUUUUUCAAGAUGCUUCUGCCCAGGUCUGUGCCUUUGGAAGUGUGACGCUUGUCGGUGCUGGGAGCAGCCUGCUGUGGGACAGCCAGUGUAACCACGCAACCAAGAUGGUGGCAUUUAACUGGAAGGCUUUGGAGAAUUUCCCAUUGCUGAUGUACAUUUUGGCAGCUAAGACAUUGAUUCUUUGCUUAGCAUUUGCUGGAGUGAAAAUGUACCAGAGCAAAAAAAUUGAAGAAAAACUGAAGAGGGAACGUGAAGAGAAAUUUAAAACAGAAGUAGAAAAGAAGGAUGAUUGAAGAGUCUCUCAGAACAGAGAGCUGAGACCCCUGCCUGCAGCCGAGGACAGCGCCAAGCCCAGCCAGAGCCGGGAACCGCUGCCCCGAGGGAGCUGCCACCCACAUGGUGCGUGCCUGCUGCCCACACGGUGUGUGCCUGCUGCCCUCCAGCCCAGGAGUCGUCACUGCUGCUGCCUUCAACCUGUCAGAACCCCAUCCGUGAAUCUUCCCUGCUUUUCUCUCUCUCCACAGAAUUCACUCCCCACACUCCCACGCACAACGGCGACCCCGAUGGGGGGCAACUGCGACCUGUUCUAAAUCUCCUCCCUUUACCAUAACGAUCUUCACCUUAUCAGUGGCUUGUACUACAGUUAUAUCUUUGUACAUGUCUGUUUUGUUUAUAAAGUAUCAGCACGUAUAAACCCCCCA